AUGUUUUCCACCACCGCCACCACCACUCGCGCACCUGCAGCGAGACCACCGCCCUCGCCGGCAGCAGCAGCAGCAGCGCCGCAACACCACCAAAACCGCCGAAGCUCGCCUCCGACUCAGGGCGACAACCGCGGCAGGCGCCCUCCCAACACUACCACCACCGGCACCGCCGCGGCGAGCCCGCAGCAGAGAAAGCAGCCUUCGCCGAGCGACGUGCAGCAGACGGUCCAGCGCAUCAAGCGCUCCGGCGCGAUUGGCGAGGUCGAUGCGCUGGUGGCCACGCUCAAGCGCACGCGCCAAUUCGACCCCUCUGCUGUGAGCGCCUGGGAGACGGCCGUCGAGCUGGUCGAGCUCAUGCCUCGCCACGGCCACACGCCCAACCUGUUUGUGUUCAGCGGCCUGCUCCAGGUGCUGGGCAAGGCUCGCCAACCGGACAAAGCGCUCCACUACUUCGCCGAGAUCGAGCGCAGCGGACUCACACCCAACACCCACUGCUUCAGUGCGCUCAUCGCCGCGCUGGGCACUGCGGGCCGGGUCGACGACGCCGAGCGCCACUUUGCCCAGAUGGCCCAGCUGGGCGUGGUGCCCAACACCCACUGCUUCAGCGCGGUCAUCGCCGCGCUGGGCACUGCGGGCCGGGUCGACGACGCCGAGCGCCACUUUGGCCAGAUGGCCCAGCUGGGCGUGCGCCUCAUCAGCGGUUUUGCAGAGGCAGGACGAGUGGACAAAGCCGAGCACUGGUUCGCCAAGAUCACCACCGUGGGCCGCCUCAAGCCCGACCUCAUCAGCUACAGUGCCCUCAAACGAGGUGGCGGCGCGGCCCGAAGGGCUCUCGAGCUUCUGCACGAGAUGACCCACAAGGGUGUGCGACCAGAUGUGGUGAGCCUACAGCACAGUGAUCAGCAGCCUGGCCAAAGCCAGAAGAGGCCGCCGCCGCCACAUGGACCAGGCGCAGGAGCUGUUUCGAACCAAAUGGUGCAGCAGGCCGUGCGACCAGACGCCACGACCUUUGGCGCACUCAUCCACGGCCACGCCCUCGUGGGCGAUCUCGAAACAGCCAGGCGCAGACUGCAAGAGAUGAGCACAGAGUUUGGUCUCUCGCCUAAUGCCGAGAUCCACACCAUGUUGAUGGACGCCGAACAGCGCAUGGCCACCGACCCUGUUGCGGCCUAUCACCAGGUGCUGCGCACUGUGGACCACAUGAAGCAGGCGGGCGUGCAUCCAACCCACGCCACGUUCAGCGUCGUCAUCGAUGCGGCGGGAUUUGCCGGCCUGCCGCACGAGGCCGAGCGCCAGUUCGACGCCAUGACUCCGCUCCACGGCCUCCACCCGAAUACCAACAACUUCACGUCGCUCAUCGAGGCGCUGGCCCGCAACGGCCGGCUCGACAAGGCCGAGGCCGUUCUCGACUCGCUCGCAGCGCGCCAGCCCACUUCGGCGCUGCAGCACGACCGCCUCACGGCCAAGAGCUUCAACACGCUGCUCGGGUUCUGCAUCGGCGCCGGCGACUCAGCACGAGGCCAGCGUGUGGUGGCCAAGAUGCACCAGGCCGGCGUCGCACCCACCGAGGUCACCCAGGCCAAGCUGCGACCUGGCCAGGCUGUGUGA